CCUCCCCAGCCCUUCCACCUCGGGGCUCCCCCAGCCCCAGCCCCGCUCCAGGUCGCCCUCCCCGCACCUCGCCCUCCCUCGCGCCUCCCGCUGCCCCCGGCCCGGCCCCGGCUGUGGCUCCGGCCCUGGCCGGCAGGGGCCGCUCCUCGCGGCGCCCGGGGCCCCGCCGCCGCCUCCCCGCCCCUUCCCCAGCCGGCGCUCCCGUUACGCCGCGGAGCCGGGAGCCGGAGCCCGAGCCCGAGCCCGCGGCGGCGGCGGGAGGCGGCGGCGGAGGCGCCCGGGCGGCGGCGGCGGGGCCUGCGGGGCCUGCGGGCGGCGGGCCGGGCCCGGCCAGGCCGCGAUGGCGACCAGGAAGGCGGGCUCGCGGCUCGAGACGGAGAUCGAGCGCUGCCGCUCCGAGUGCCAGUGGGAGCGGCUCCCCGAGCUCGUCAAGCAGCUGUCGGCCAAGCUCAUCGCCAACGAUGACAUGGCAGAACUCCUCCUCGGGGAGUCGAAGCUGGAGCAGUACCUGAAGGAACACCCCCUGCGGCAGGGGGCCAGUCCCCGAGGCCCCAGGCCCCAGCUGACUGAGGUCCGCAAGCAUCUGACCGCCGCCCUGGACCGAGGGAACCUCAAGUCAGAAUUCCUACAAGAAUCCAAUCUGAUCAUGGCCAAGUUGAAUUACGUGGAAGGAGAUUAUAAAGAAGCUCUCAACAUUUACGCCCGGGUGGGCCUCGAUGACUUGCCGCUGACUGCUGUCCCUCCUUACAGGCUGCGGAUGAUUGCAGAAGCCUACGCCACCAAAGGACUUUGCUUAGAGAAGUUGCCUAUUUCCUCUUCUACCAGUAAUCUCCAUGUGGACCGGGAGCAGGAUGUCAUCACGUGUUAUGAGAAAGCUGGGGACAUUGCACUCCUGUACCUCCAAGAGAUAGAAAAGGUCAUACUUUCUAAUAUUCAAAACAGAAGUCCUAAGCCUGGCCCUGCUCCCCACGAUCAAGAACUAGGUUUUUUCCUAGAAACAGGACUUCAGAGAGCCCAUGUCCUCUAUUUCAAAAAUGGGAACUUGACAAGAGGAGUGGGGAGAUUUAGAGAGAUCCUCAGAGCAGUUGAAACGAGAACAACUCAAAACCUGCGAAUGACAAUAGCCAGGCAGUUGGCUGAGAUCUUGUUGCGGGGGAUGUGUGAACAGAGCUACUGGAACCCUCUGGAGGAUCCGCCAUGCCAGUCACCUCUGGACGAUCCUCUCCGGAAAGGAGCAAACACAAAAACCUACACCCUCACUCGGAAAGCCCGCGUCUACUCAGGAGAGAACAUUUUUUGUCCUCAAGAAAAUACUGAAGAAGCCCUGUUGUUAUUGCUGAUUAGUGAGUCAAUGGCCAACCGGGAUGCUGUGCUGAGCAGGAUACCUGAGCACAAGAGUGACCGCCUCAUCAGUUUGCAGAGCGCAUCUGUGGUGUAUGAUUUACUGACCAUUGCUCUUGGAAGAAGAGGCCAGUAUGAGAUGUUGUCGGAGUGCUUAGAAAGAGCCAUGAAGUUUGCCUUUGAGGAGUUCCACCUCUGGUACCAGUUUGCUCUGUCACUCAUGGCUGCUGGAAAAUCUGCUCGUGCUGUGAAGGUGCUUAAAGAGUGUAUCCGUCUGAAGCCCGAUGAUGCCACCAUCCCGCUCCUCGCUGCGAAGCUGUGCGUGGGCUCCCUUCACUGGUUAGAAGAGGCUGAGAAGUUUGCCAAAACAGUCGUUGAUGCGGGAGAGAAAACGUCCGAGUUCAAGGCCAAAGGCUACUUAGCUCUGGGGCUCACGUACAGUCUGCAGGCCACUGACGCUUCUUUGCGAGGGAUGCAGGAGGUCCUCCAGAGAAAGGCGCUUCUUGCAUUUCAGAGGGCCCACAGCCUGUCACCUACAGAUCACCAAGCGGCUUUCUACCUGGCUCUGCAGCUUGCCAUCUCCAGACAGAUACCAGAGGCCUUGGGGUAUGUCCGCCAAGCUCUUCAACUUCAGGGCGAUGAUGUGAACUCCCUGCACCUCCUUGCCCUCUUAUUGUCAGCACAGAAGCAUUACCACGAUGCUCUGAAUAUCAUUGACAUGGCGCUGAGUGAAUAUCCAGAAAAUUUUAUACUACUGUUCUCCAAGGUGAAGCUGGAGUCACUCUGCCGGGGCCCUGACGAGGCGCUCCUCACCUGUAAGCACAUGCUGCAAAUAUGGAAAUCCUGCUACAACCUGACCAAUCCCAGUGAUUCUGGACGUGGGAGCAGCCUCUUAGAUAGAACCAUUGCUGACAGACGACAGCUUAAUACAAUUACUUUGCCAGACUUCAGCGAUCCCGAGACAGUGUCAGAUUCCUCCUCCUCCUCCUCUUCUCUUUCAAGAACCGAAUCUCCUCUCCACCUGUUUGUAUCUUCUCAUCUUCAUUCUCAUCCCAAACCCGAUACCUUUGUGUGGCCCCCUGCAGCUCAUUCAUUCAGUGACCCAGGUCCCCGCCAGGAACCCUCUCUGUGCAACUCUCCAGAAGUAUACUUUCAUGGUUUUCCCUCCCUUUUUUCAGUUAGCUCUAUCCAUGCCACAUCAGUAGCAGCCUCAAGAGUGGAGCAGGCCCUGUCGGAAGUGGCCUCGUCUCUACAGAGCAGCGCCCCCAAGCAGGGCCCGCUGCACCCCUGGAUGACGCUGGCGCAGAUCUGGCUCCAUGCAGCUGAAGUCUACAUUGGCAUUGGGAAGCCUGCAGAAGCCACAGCCUGUACCCAAGAAGCUGCCAACCUCUUCCCGAUGUCCCACAACGUCUUGUACAUGCGUGGCCAGGUUGCCGAGCUCCGCGGCAACAUCGAUGAGGCACGGCGGUGGUAUGAAGAAGCCUUGUCCAUCAGCCCCACCCAUGUGAAGAGCAUGCAGCGACUGGCCCUGAUCCUUCAUCAGCUGGGCCGCUACAGUCUGGCAGAGAAGAUCCUCCGGGACGCGGUGCAGGUGAACUCAACAGCCCACGAGGUCUGGAACGGGCUGGGUGAGGUCCUCCAAGCUCAGGGCAAUGACGCAGCGGCCACCGAGUGUUUCCUGACGGCCUUGGAGCUGGAGGCCAGCAGCCCGGCGGUGCCCUUCACCAUCAUCCCUCGAGUGCUCUGACCAGGCACCCACCAGCCCCAUUGCCGCUCAGGCCAAGGAGACCCUGCCUGGGGUGGCCCGAGGGGACGAGUCUGCCAUACCGAGGCCCUGGGUGACUGCGAUCGACCCCAGUGAACUAACCAAACAACCCCUGAAUCAUCGCUCCCCACGUGUGUAUUUCUGUUGUUGUUUUGCCAGCCCAAUGAUAGUUUCUGAAUCUACUGACAUUGUUCAAAAUGGAUUAUGUGCCAUAUUUUGUUAGUUGACAUCUGAGUUUUAAGUAAAAUGAUUAUGGACUUAAUCAACAAAUGUAGAAGAAUAUAUUCAAAGUUAAAAUUCAGUGGCAGAACAGAUUAUUUUUAUCAGAGCUGUAAAGAAAACUGUUCUCUCCUCCCCAUCACCACUCCCGCCCCACCCUUGGCCCAGAAACCAAAUGUGAACUUUCCGUUUCCCACCUCAUACUAGUCCAAGCCAGGACACCAGCUGACAAUUUCUUGGUUUUGUUGUCAGUAAUUGUACUAUAUGAUGAAUUACUGUCCUCACUUAGAACAAAGCCUGAGUCCAAGAAUAUUUAUAUUUUACCAAUAUAUGCCUGUUACAAGAGAAGGAAAUAUGAGUUAUUUAAGUUUAACUUUUUUAUGUGAAUUCAGAGUUUAUUUAUCGAUGGAAAUAUGUACAAAGAAGCUUCAAAUGGAAUAUUUACCGACAUUCCUUAUACAUGACAGACACUUGGCUAAAUGGGAAGAUGAUGUUAAUAAUAAAAUGAUUUUUAAAUGGA